UCAGACACCAGUCAGAUCAGUUCUAAAUAUUUAGAAGACAAGACGUGUCCGUGCCAUUGACUGGUGGAAUACUCCCAAAUAGAACAACAUGGCUACAUUCUAUACGACGUUUAUUUUCUUUCUAAGUCUUUUGCACUUAAUUGUUUCAAUUCAUGUUGGUACUUCAACCGAUAUUCAGCCGAACAGGAUACUUGAUGAGUCUCUUGUGAGUGAACGAACAAAGCGUCAAACGCUUCAAGGUCAUAACCGGUUUGAUCGCAUGAUUAAUGAAUUGCGUGCCGCCGCUCAAGACCCCAGCCAACCAUUCAAACCUUACCGAUAUAUGAGACCGUACAACACACGAAAUUUUCCUUUUCGAGAAAUAAUUGAACGAGUAGACACCGAUUUUGCUGGUCUCGAAAUUCGUGUGCCCGUAUAUUUGAGAGCGACAAUUUUAAGUAGUCAUGUCAAAGAUGGACCCACCGCUAUUCCACAGCACAUAAGAGACUAUUUAGAGCGCGUGGGCUUCAAAAAAACUGCCACAAGAUGGGACCCUAAUGCCGAUCAAGCGGGUCAUUUGUUGGCUAAUUCAUUGGGCGGACCUACCGAUGAGCAGUUCAACUUCGCUCCGCAGGCCGGACGGCUGAACACUCUAACACCGAAUACGUGGUCGUUAUGGUGGGGUGAAGAGAUGGACAUGCUUGAAUUUUUACGGGAACCCAAUCGUAGGAUAGAAUGGGAAUUAUAUGCCAUACGUCCACCGUUAACAUCAACCUCACAAUGGCGCCUACGACCAACCAGUUUCCUUUUACGACAUAAAAAUUAUAACGAAGCUGGUGCCCUAGUUGACAAUGGAAACCAUCCCAUUGGUCAACCAACACCUGUCAUGUGCUUCAGCAACGAUGCUGCAAAUGAGUGCCACUAUAACGAGUGGUAAUAAAUAAUUUCUUAAGUGCACGCGAAGGAGUUUUGGAGAGCAUAAACAAAAUUGUAUCGAAUCUGUUUAUCUUUUCAACGGACAGCGGCUAAUUAUAUUGGAAUUUUGAGGGGCCUACUUUUAUUAAAUAAUUUUACCUCGUAAAACUUUUUUGUGUAGGCAAAUAUGUAUAAAUAUAUAAUGGUUUUCAGAAAAAAAAAUAUUAUUUUA